AUGCCUCUCCUGGGCGUCUCGUCAGUCUCGAACGAGACACUCAAACAGGCUGGCAUUCUCGACACGCUCGGCAUCUCGAGCGACUUCAAGCCAUCCGUACCACUCAUCAUACGCUAUGGUGACAAGUUUGUACAGGCUGGCACAAAGCUGAAGCCUUCAGAGACACAACGAGAACCUGAGCUGCAAUUUGCGCCGAUAGAUAAAGACGCGGGGGAGAGCGAGACGAUGUAUACUAUCAUCCUCACUGAUCCCGAUGAUCCUUCGAGAGAAGAUCCAAGGGAUGCACAAUAUCGACACUGGCUCCAGCAAGACAUCAAGCCGCCGAGCAUAGAGGCACUCACCAGCAGUAACGACGACAGUAUCCGCUUGCAAAUGUCAUCUACAGCCCUGACACCUUACGAAGGGCCAUAUCCACCUGCAAAGACGUCAUAUCACAGAUACUGCUUCUUGCUCUUCGCGCAGCCCUCGACGGUCGCAUGGAGCGCGAAUGAAUUUGACAACGCGCAAGAGGCUCGCGGUCACUGGAACGCGAUACAAUGGGCGGAUGCAAAGGGACUCAGGCUCGUUGGCGCAGAUUACUUUCUAUGUCAGGAUGACGAACAAUGA